AUUGAUUGUAGACACGUGACAUACUUUGAUUGCAAUACUAAUAUUAAUAUUAUUAAAUCAUUAAAAGCCGACACACUACACAUUGGAUUACAAAAGGAAUACAACAUAGAAGAUUGACAAUGGAAGAAAAUAAUAUAAUCAGGAGCAAGUUCAAAAGAAUGUGUGUUUUCUGUGGAAGCAACUCUGGCAAUAGACAAAUCUUCAGUGAUGCUGCUAUUCAAUUGGGUGAUGAACUGGUGAAAAGGAAGAUAGAGCUAGUGUAUGGUGGAGGUAGUGUUGGGCUUAUGGGUUUGAUAUCUCAGAAAGUGUAUGAUGGAGGCUGCCAUGUUCUUGGGAUCAUUCCGAAAGCACUCAUGCCACUUGAGAUAUCAGGGGAAACCGUCGGAGAAGUAAGAAUUGUUUCCGACAUGCAUGAGCGGAAAGCUGCUAUGGCCAGAGAAGCUGAAGCAUUCAUUGCUCUUCCAGGCGGAUAUGGAACCAUGGAAGAACUACUGGAGAUGAUAACUUGGUCACAACUUGGUAUCCAUAAAAAACCGGUUGGCCUGCUAAACGUCGAUGGUUACUAUAAUAGUUUGCUUGCUUUAUUUGACAAUGGUGUUCGAGAGGGUUUCAUUAAGCCCGCUGCUCGUGAUUUAGUUGUCUCUGCUCCCACAGCCAAAGAACUUUUGGAGAAAAUGGAGCAACACUCUCCUUCUCAUAAACAUGUUGCUCCACCUGAAAGCUGGAAUAUGGUGCAACUAGAGAAUUAUCCAACCCAGCAGAAUGCACAGUAAAUGUUGUGGUAGGUUUUUCGCCUACAAUUUUUACUGAAGUGAUUGAUUGUCCCUCAAGUAAUGUGUACAAGAAUUCUUUUGAAUGGGCUCCCAUAUUGUUGAUGGCUCUGUACUUCUUGUCGUUUUAAUGAUUUGAAUUAUAUAAGAAGUUCCUUACUGUUUUGUCAA